AUGGCCUCUACUCGCGACCCUAGCGGCGUCGAAUAUUGUGAAUUGAAAAAUUUCACGUUUGAGAAUGGGGAAAAUCUACCAAUAGUUCGACUGGCCUACCGAGACUUUAACCCCGGUGGCAAGAAGGUGGCCCUUAUCCCUACCUGCUUCCGAGGGAGAAUAAAAGAUACCUUGAAUUUCACCAAAGGAGCUCUCCAAGACCAUCGGGUGAUUGUCGUGGCACUUUUUGGCAACGGGGAAUCGGCGAGUCCUUCAAAUACGGCCAAUUUCCCUUCCAAUAUCAGCUACCAGGACUGUGUUCGAGCCCAGCAUAGCCUGUUGACAAAACAUCUGAGUAUUACGACACUUGAUGUCGUACUCGGCUUUUCAAUGGGUGGACAGUGUACGUAUCACUGGGCUGCGAUGCACCCUGAGAUGGUCCAAAAUGCGGUGGUGAUAUGCUCUUCUGCCAAAACCAGUCUACACAACCGCCAAUUUCUGGAAGGCCCAAAAGCUGCACUCCUACACUCAAUCGACUAUAACGACGGCCAUUUCACUGAAAACAAAGUUCCGAUAAGAGGUCUACAUGCAUUUGGGAGAGCGUAUUCCGCCUGGUUGACGAGCGCUGAGUGGUUUGAAAAGCGGCUUUUCGAGAAACAGGGGUUCAAGACCCUGGAAGCUUGGGCUGAGGUAGUUGGUGGGAAGAAUUACGAGGACUGGCACCCGGAUAAUCUGCUGGCUAUGCUAGGGAUGUGGCAGCGUUCUGAUAUCAGCUUGACGGGGAGAAGAAGUGCUGAAGAGACGACCUUGAAAGCUGCAUUAAGAAAACUGACAGCAAAUUUUCUUUUGAUGCCUUGCCUGACUGAUCAGUACUUCAAGUGGGAGGCAAUUAAGAUAGAAGCUAGCUUUUUACAACAUGGAGAGUUGGCGAUAAUACCAUCAGUCUGGGGUCAUAUCGCUGGGGUGGAGGCAGUCCUGACGAUACCGAGUGGAUGCACCAAAGGAUCAAACAAUUUUUGGGUCAAAUUUGAAUCCGCUUGA